AUGUUCGGGGAAGCAUUGGCAGGUGCCAGCUGUUACCGAAGCCUCCAUCUGACGCACCCGCCUCGCAACCCGUGGAUCGCCCAUCGGUGCACCGCCCGCCUUGCAACCCGUGGAUUGCCCGUCGAGAUCUUUGUCCCGUUGUUCCUCGUGCACGGCGGCGCGGUUGUCGUGCAGGGCCUCGCGGCGGGCAGAAGUCACGAGUACGACGAGGCGCGCCAGACGCUGUACGUCCGCGCGCCGGCCGACCCUGCACCUGGCACCGUGCGCCGCAUCUGUGUCGCGCUCGCGCCACACCUCAAGGUGGUAUUCCUCAUCAACGACUUCUGGAAGGCAUCAGGGUACUGGAACUCGACCGACGUGCUCUACAUCUGCGCCAGUUGGCAGCCGUUGCUGCCGUGGUCGCCGCUGUUUGUGCCGCUACCGUUGACUUCUCUUGAAGACGCCUCGCCCAAACGGGUACUCGGCAGAAGCGUGCGCAUAGAAGGGUACGAGCGCGAGCAGCGCGGUGGGCAGAAGGUGCGGCGCAGCGUGCUCGGCGGCGUUCGCGAGGUGGAUGAUGGCGCUCUUCUUACUGAAGGGAUUCCGCGCACCGAUCACUCGCCGCCUGCGUUGCCAGCCGAGGAGCGUGGCCCGAAAGUACAGCUCAAGCGCAGCCAGGAGCGCGGCGCGUAG